UAAUACAACAGGAACGCCUGAAUAAGAGCUGUGUUUGGGUCAAAGUUUAGCAAAAAUUCAAAAACAAAUGAAAAAUCAGCUAGACAUUUCUGUUAAAUCUUUGUAUUAAUGAGUUAUAUGAAUGUGCUCGACUUAUCCUGACAUCUGUGGGACACAUCAGAUAUGCGUAUACAACCAUGCAACAUGAUUUUACCCUCUUGUCACAUUGCAGUGCUUGUGGCUAUAUUUAGCCCUUGUUUUUCUCUUGCAUGCUUGCCCCAUCCCCACUGUCAGUGGUGGUCUAGGAGAGGUUAUAAAUAUUAUAGAGAGAAGAGGUACUCCAAGCAACAAGGUUACCAGUGUUAGCUCAGAGGCAUGGCUUGUGAAAAGCCAAUGGAAGAGAGCAAAUGUCAGGGUCUGGGGACCAAGCAUGGAUUAUUGAACAAAGCCCAAACUGAUGACAAAGAGAUCUAUGAAGAGAUCCAGGAGGAUAAAGAUUUGUUGCCAGAUGCUGUGCUCCAAGUAGAGACGGAAACCUUCUUUGUAAACCGUAAGCGACUGGCCCAACUGAGUCCCUAUUUCCGAGCACUGUUCUUUGGUGGCGGUCGAGAAAGCAGUAAGAGGCACAUUGAAAUCAAAGGUGUAGGUUUGGACCAUUUCCGCAGUCUUAUGGAGUACACACAGAACCUCAGAUUACAUCUUGACAGGAAGAAUGUCCUGGGAGUUCUUGAGACUGCAAACUUCCUUCAGGUGGAAAAAGCCAGGCUUCUGUGCUGCAAGUUCCUGGAGAGAGAGUUACAUUUGAGCAACUGUUUAGGCAUGAUGGCCUAUGCAUGGCAGCUUGGCUGUCUGGAGCUUUAUGCUGCUGCACGAGAAGUGGUUCUCACCCAUCUGCCAGCCAUAGCUUUCGAGGAGGACUUUAUGCUCCUCUCUAAGGAAACCAUCGCUGACCUUCUUGCUAGUGAUGACCUAUUCGUUCCACAGGAGGACCUGGCUUUUGAAGUUACUUUGCGCUGGGCAACACAUGACCCUAGUCGUGAGGAUGACUUCCUAGAAUUGGUUGGGCUGGUUAGACCUGAAAGUUUGAGUUUGCCAUACAUCACAGAUCUCCUGACCAAGAUGAAAAGUUCAGACCCUCGUGCCAAGCUCAUCUGCAAACUGAACGAUCAUAUCCCCAACAGCUGGACCAAGGGCAGGUCAAUGCCCAGAACUCGGUCAAGAGAGAUGCUGUUUGUGCUUGGGGGAUCACAUGAGCAGGACCAGCAGACUCUUUAUCAUUUCAACCCACGUAGUGGACGGUGGCAGACUCUGCCGUCUUUACAGAGGAAGUGCCUAACACAGUACUCAGUAGCAGCCGUAGGUAACAACGUGGUGGUGACUGGUGGCUACUACCGGGAGGUUCUUUGGUACAGCGUGGACUGGGUUCGGAUUUAUGAGUGCAGUAAUGAGCGUUGGGUGGAAGGUCCAGCACUGCAGAAAUCCAGGCAUAGCCACUGUUCAGUGGCACUCGAAUGGCAGGUAUUUGUGCUGGGAGGCAGCAUGGAUGAGGGGCUUGUGCCUGAUGUGGAGAGGCUAGAGUUGGGAGCAGACUGCUGGGACAGUGUUAGUCCCAUGAUACGGGCAGUAGAAAGAGCAGCUGUGGUCACCAUGGGCUCCUGCAUCUAUGUGGCUUGUGGUCUGGAUGAAAAUGGGGAAGUAUACAGUGGAAUUCAGAGGUACAAGGCUGAGGUUGACCAGUGGGAUGUAGUCUCCUACUCUCCAUUUCCACGUUAUGACCUUCUCGCUACUGAGCUCAAUGGUGCCAUCUAUCUGUUUGGAGGUAAGGCUCUGCGGCUGGAUGUUGAUACUGAUGAGUGGACUAUUCUGGAAGAGGAAUUUCUGGACAGAAAAUUCUUCACUGGCUGUUCUACUGUGAAUGGGCAAAUCUAUUUGAUUAGUGAGAGAAAGAUAAACAAAGUUUUUACAAACAUGGUUCUCUUGGACCCUUACACAGACACUUGUAUUGAAAUGAAUGAUGCAAUUCCAUGCCCUGUCCCCAUACGAGGCUGUGUCACAGUCCGCUUGCUGAACAGAUGAAUCCUGACAAAUCGGUGAAGAUUCAGUUGUAAUUUGUUACUUUAAUAACAAUACCAUUUUGCACCGUUCUUCAGGUCUAUUACGUGUUACUUCACAAUUUUUUCUUAUACAUAAUUUCUUUUAGACGCAUGAUUAGUAAAUACCACAAACUUUUUCAAUAGCAAAUUUUUAUAAAAUAGUCAGGUCCUGUCAAUAAGCAAAAGCUGGAGUGAAUGUUUUAGCACUGCUCUAUUUAUUCAGAAAGUGGACAGAAUAUAACUGGAGCAUGUAUCAACUUCUUGUGGCUUUUCACCACUAUACUCAUUCAUUUUUCCCCACAGACUUACCAAUAAUCUCCCUGUCUGGUAUCACUACAAAAUAAAUGACUACUACUACUACUACUUCAACUACUGAACAAAGUAACUAAAAACAAUAUUACUUUUACAAGAAAGUACAAGUCAGUUAAGAACAAGGGCACAUGUAUGUCAAUUUCUCAGAGAUUGAUGAUUCAGGAUCAGCUCCACAGUGUAUUCCUAUUGCUAGGACAUUAAAGACAAAACUGACCCCAGGCCAGCCUUGUACUCUUAAGACGGUUCUUAAGACAAAGCCCUGCAGACAGUGGCUCAUAAGCAGAAACAUCAGUUAUGACUACAGUGCAAAUAACAUCAGACAAGCCAAGUAAGCACCUGCAUUAGAAGCAGCACAUGUCUAUUGGAUAGCCAAUACAAACCACUUCCUCUUUAAUGCCCUUUUUGCAAAGUAAACUCAAGUACUCAGGAGGCCAUUAUGUUACCAUCAGCAGAACAAUACGUUCAGAAUAAAAUAUAAUAUAUACAUCAGUAUCCAAGCCAUUGUUUAAUCAUACUAAAUAAAAACUGGAACAGCAUGGCCACUUUUGCUAGCCUUGUUAACACUUUUUGACCAAAUUAUUCAUUUGCUGAUCUAGGUAAGGACACCUAUGAAACUGUGCUUAAAUGUUGGUAUGGAUGAUUUGUUCCCAUCAGCUCCUGAACUUCUUGUAAAUGCUGGUUGGAGCUGAGAACAAACUGAGCUACGAAAGCUAAUCUACUUCUAUUUAAACUAUUUUACCUAGCAGUUUCAAAGCCAAUCUGUUUUAAAAAUGUAAAAGUCCACUCCAAAUGAUCUGGCAAUGGUAUUAUUUCUAUUAUCGGUAAUAAUAAGAUGACUAAAAGUCUAAGAGCAAACACACUGCUCAGAUUAUGUGGACACAAAAUGGAAUCCUUUGGUCUUGUAAGGCAAUCUGAGCUGCAAUUACCACAGAAAGAGCUGAGCAAGCUGGUCUGCAAAGUGCAAAGCGCAGAGAUCCCAUGAAUCAAUAAUUUAUGAAAGCCAUUGUUUACAGAGAGAAGUUGCCAAGUCAGUGCUGAGUCCAUCACUAGGUGAGCUGAGGCAAAAAAAAUGGUGAUAAUUCAGGCUACUUUAACAAGGUAAGCCUUAUGCCAUACCGGGAAUCCUAUUGUGAAAAUUCAAAACAGUACAAAGAAUGAAAUUCAGAUAUCCCUCUGUUAGAAAACGCUACCUAACUGCUAUAUAUAAUACUGAAUAACUCCAUUAAGAACAUACAAUUAAACAACAUUUAGUUCAUAUACAAAGUCUUUCUGAGCUACUUUGUAGGGUAUUAUUUCUUGCUAGGAAUGUAAUGCAGUCCAUACGUUGGAUAUAUUUCCCAAUUAACUCUUCUUAUAUAUCUUAUUUUCUUAUUCUGACAUAUGAAGUUAAUAAGUAUAUAUAAGUUUUUUUUAACCUAACUCCUCUAUACUGCUAUGUACUACAUGUCUGUUGUUAGUGCCAUGAAUGAGUGUUCCUGUACUAAGAACAGAAUGGAUGUUUGCUCCAGUCUUGAAUAAAACUACUUCCUGCCUCAUCCUAAA